GAGUCGACUCAUUCCCGAACGAUUCAUCACCUGUAAUGAAUCCUCCUUCCUACAGUGAAAGCGUUUCUCCCUCAGACUCCAUUUUGUGGAGCGGUUGGAAACUUUUUUUUUUUGGACUUUAAGGCAGAAACGGUAAUAUUACUGUCACACAACGAGGACUAUUGACUAAAGGAGUGUGCUCCAUUCCAGCAGAAGAGAUCAGACUCUUCAGGACUCCGCUGUGUGUUUGUGCAAACUUUACUAAUUUUCAAAGAUGGAGACUCCUGAUCUGGACACAGAUAAUGUUUCCCCACACUCAAAAACCAGUAAACUCCAGGGAAAGAGAUCAGAGUCACCAGCACCCAGCUGUAUCUCCAUGAGGAGUGAUCAGUCAAAGGUCCUGCCUCUGGUGUUUAAAGAUGGAGACUCCUCACUUCUACACAGUAAACUCCAGGGAAAGAGAUCAGAAUCACCAGCACCCAGCUGUAUCUCCAUGAGGAGUGAUCAGUCAAAGGUCCUGCCUCUGGUGUUUAAAGAUGGAGACUCCUCACUUCUACACAGUGUUCUACAGAGAGCAGGAGACAGAAUAGAAAAGAACAUCAUCACAGAUACAGGGCACGACCCAGAAUCUGCUGCUGUGAAUGAAUACCAGAAAAAGUUCAAAUUAAACCUGAUGAAGAAGUUUGAGUGUUUGAAUGGAGUGAUAAUAAACCUGGGAAACCAAACACUCCUGAAUGAGAUCUACACAGAGCUCUACAUCACAGAGGGAGACAGUGGAGGAGUCAAUAAAGAACAUGAGGUGAGACAGAUCAAGGCAGCAUCCAGGAGAACAACAACAGAGGACACACCAAUCAAAUGCAACGACAUCUUUAAGCCCUUAUCUGAACAAGACAAACCCAUCAGAACUGUGCUGACAAAGGGAGUCGCUGGCAUCGGAAAAACAGUCUCUGUGCAGAAGUUCAUUCUGGACUGGGCUGAAGGGAAAGCAAAUCAGGACAUCCACCUCAUAUUUCCACUUCCGUUCAGAGAGCUGAAUCUGAUGAAGGACCAGAAACUGAGUCUGAUGGAGCUCCUUCAUGUCUGUUUUAAGGGAACAAAAGAAACAGAAAUGUCCAGUUUGGAAAAGGUUCUGUUCAUUUUUGACGGAUUGGACGAGUGUCGUUUUCCUCUAGAUUUCCAGAACACAGUGAAAGUGUGUGAUGUAACUGAAUCAGCAUCAGUGCAUGUGCUGCUGAUAAACCUGAUCAAAGGGCAUCUGCUUCCCUCUGCUCUCAUCUGGAUCACCUCUCGACCAGCAGCAGCUGAUCAAAUCCCCUCUGAGUGUGUCCAUCGAGUCACAGAGGUACGAGGGUUCAAUGACCCACAGAAGGAGGAGUACUUCAGGAAGAGGAUCAGUGAUCAGAGCCUGGCCAAUAACAUCAUCACACACCUGAAGUCAUUAAGAAGCCUCUACAUCAUGUGCCACAUCCCAGUCUUCUGCUGGAUUUCAGCCACUGUUCUAGAGAGAAUGUUGGGUGAAGCAGAGAGUGGAGAGAUCCCCAAGACUCUGACUCAAAUGUACACACACUUCCUCAUCAUUCAGACAAACAUCAUAGGAGAAAAGUACUCAAAGAAGCAAGAGAGUGAUGAAAUGCUUCUUAAACUGGGACAACUGGCUUUUCAGCAGCUGAAGAAAGGGAACCUGAUCUUCUAUGAGGAAGACCUGAGAGAGUGUGGCAUAGAUGUGAGAGAAGCAGCAGUGUACUCAGGUGUGUGUACGCAGAUCUUCAGAGAGGAGUUUGGGCUUCACCAGAGUAAAGUGUACUGCUUUGUACAUCUGAGCAUUCAGGAGCACCUCACAGCUCUGUAUGUGCACCUGACAUUCAUGAUGAAAAAGAGAAAUGUUCUUAAUCAGAAUCAGUUCUCUGAAUGGUGUAUCUCACAUUUACACUAUAGUGCUGUAGAUCAGGCCUUAAAAAGUCAGACUGGACAUCUGGAUCUUUUCCUUCGCUUUCUUCUGGGUCUCUCACUGAAGUCCAAUCAGAAACUCUUACAGGACUUAGUAGCACAGACAGGAAGUAGCUCCCAGAGCAUAGAGAAAACAGUUCAGUACAUUAAUAUGAAGAUCAGUGAAGAUCUUCCUUCAGAGAAAUCCAUCAAUCUGUUCCACUGUCUGAAUGAACUGGGUGAUAAUUCUCUAGUGGAGGAAAUCCAACACUACCUGAAAUCUGGAAAACAAAGUGAACUCUCUUCUUCACAGUGGUCUGCUCUGGUGUUUGUGUUACUGACAUCAGCACACGAGCUGGAAGAAUUUGACCUGAGUAAAUAUACCAGUUCAGAUAAAAUACCAGAAACUGUUCUUCUGAAGCUGAUGCCUGUGAUUGCAGCAUCCAGAAAAGCAAUUAUCAGGUGUGAUUUACUUGGAGUGAGAAGUUGGUCAGAUCUGGUCUCAGCGCUCAGCUCAGAAACCUCCAAUCUGAGAGAACUGCAUCUGACUGUGAAAACACUGGAUCUGUCUGGGAAUAAACUAGGAGACUCAGGAGUGAAGAGUCUCUGUGCUGGACUGGAGAAUCCUCACUGUAAAGUGGAGACACUGAGGUUGUGUAAGUGUCGUGUCUCAGAUGAAGGCUGUGCUGCUCUGACUUCAGCUCUGAGAUCAAACCCCUCACACCUGAGAGAGCUGGAUCUGUCCUUUAAUAAUGUAGGAGACUCAGGAGUGAAGAGUGUCUCUGCUGUACUGGAGAAUCCUCUCUGUAAACUGGAGAUACUGAGGUUGUAUAAGUGUGGUGUCUCAGGUGAAGGCUGUUCCACUCUGACUUCAGCUCUGAGAUCAAACCCCUCACACCUGAGAGACCUGGAUCUGUCCUAUAAUAAUGUAGGAGACUCAGGAGUGAAGAGUCUCUCUGCUGUACUGGAGAAUCCUCUCUGUAAACUGGAGAUACUGUGGUUAUAUAAGUGUGGUGUCUCAGAUGAAGGCUGUGCUGCUCUGACUUCAGCUCUGAGAUCAAACCCCUCAUACCUGAGACAACUGGAUCUGUCCUAUAAUAAUGUAGGAGACUCAGGAGUGAAGAGUCUCUCUGCUGUACUGGAGAAUCCUCUCUGUAAACUGGAGAUACUGAGGUUGUAUGAUUGUGGUGUCUCAGUUGAAGGCUGUGCUGCUCUGACUUCAGCUCUGAGAUCAAACCCCUCACACCUGAGAGAACUGAAUCUGUCCUCUAAUAAAAUAGGAGACUCAGGAGUGAAGAGUCUCUCUGCUGUACUGGAGAAUCCUCUCUGUAAACUGGAGAUACUGAGGUUGCGUGGUUGUGGUGUCUCAGAUGAAGGCUGUGCUGCUCUGACUUCAGCUCUGAGAUCAAACCCCUCACACCUGAGAGAACUGAAUCUGUCCCUUAAUAAUGUAGGAGACUCAGGAGUGACGAGUCUCUCUGCUCUUAAAGAUGAUGAACAUUACAAUCUACAGACACUGUGGGUGUGGUGAACAUCUGUGUGUGUGAUGAAGACUCCGGUGUUCCUGCAUUUCACUGGUGGGGAAUAGAGAACACAUUUAUAAACACAUCACUCAUUUUAAUUAUAACACAUUAAACAGACUCAGAGACGUGAGAAGUGUGUGUUCAUCAUGCACAGUGAAUCAGACUGUACUCGAUUCUACACUGAGUGUAUAAUGACCUCUGACCCCUGGAUAAAAUUCCCCGGACCUCAAUCUCAUAAAACACCUGAGGGAUUAUUAGGAACAGCAGGUGAAAACCCACAUGACCUCAAGCUGAACCCAGUCAGUGGAAGAGAGAGCUAAAAUGUACAGGAACGUUUUCAAGACACUGGUGGAUUUCUCACCUGACAGGAUUGGCAUCUGAGGAGUUUAAUGAGUAUUUAACAGGAAUUUUGUAGCAAAAUAAUUUUCAACAUAAAUUACAACCAAAUAUAUUGUUACACUGGGUGUUUUUGUAGAGAAAAGUAAAAAAUAUAAAUCACCCCAACAUGCUGAGUCAACAUCAUAACCCAACCUUGCUGAGAUAAAACAGUCCAGACUGAGUCGGUCCACAUUGUACCCAGCGCUGGAUUUCAGAAUCGACCCAAACUGGGUUCUGUGUAACUCAGCAAUUUUAGAGUGGACCUUUUUGAGGAGACUCAACUGGGAAUGAGUGUAUAUGAGCACAAACACCUUCUUUCUGUUGUGUAUCUUUUUACAUGCUUCCAUCUCUCAUAUAUUUUAGGCAGGUCACAUGGAAUCUUUUUUCAUGUGUACAUUGUAGACUGUUUUUUGACUAAUUGAGAGCGUACUUAAUUAAAAUGCCUUGCCCAUCCUAAACUUUUCACCUUUUACAUUUAAUUAAUAGGUUUUUUUUCACUAACUAGACACUCAGUAGUCAUUGUGAUAUAAUCAUAUUACCUGUUCUGGUCUGGACAAUACUCCAUAGCACACUUCUCUCUUUCUCCCCAUCAGCUGUUACUGUGAGGCAUUUUUUGGAACUACUGACAGAUUUGUGUGGCACUUUCACUUUGGAUGAACUGAAAUAUUAUUUCCCUGAUGCAGUAUUUUGUGUUUUAUACAUGAAGAUAGAUUGCAUGUUCUCUUUCUAGUUAGUUAACUUUGCUCAUUACUAGUCAGCUGGUAUCUUAUGCACAGUUUGUUUCAGAUCAGGGCUGGGCCAGAUUAUCCAAUGGGCAUUAUGGGCACAGGCCAAGGGGCCAAUGCGCACUUUAGGCCCAAGCGAAGGGAAGAAAAAAAUGCUUUUUUGUUUUUUUACAUUGCUGAAAAUAGAGGGUGAGUCUGGCUUUGGGGCCUGUCACACUGCAGUAUUGCUGCGUGCUCAGAGACCCGAAGCGUGAGCUCUUAGCGAGUGGAUGCUUUUGGGUCUUCAGUGACAUUGACUUUGUUUACUUUGGACAUGUGCUUUUGUUAUGGAUUUUUGUCCUGUCUCCGCCCCGGUCUUGUCAUUGGUAGUUUCCCGUAGGUGUGCCAUCAUUGAUUUCAGCUGUCCUGUGUUUCAGCCCUGAUUAUGUUUGUCAUUUAAACCCCUCGUGUCUCUUUGCACAUCGCGUAGUAUUGAGUUUAUCUCAUUAUCAAGUGGUUGUUCCUAGUUCUCGUUCUCGUUCUCAAGUCAUGUUUAUUGACAUUGUUUCGUGUUUUGCCUUGCCCUGUUUAUGUCCGUCUGCCGAUCGCCUGAGCUUUUGCAUGUUAUUUGAUUACCGUUUUGGAUUUGUCUGUCUGUCUCUAUAAUAAACCUCGUUAACUGCACUUGCAGCCAUCCUAACCUCCAUUACUUAAAUAACGUGACAGGGCCCAAGCAAGGGGAAGAAAAAAUAUGCUUUUUCCUUUUCUCUUGUUUUCUUUUCCUUUUUUUACAUUGCUGAAAAUAGAGAGCAAUGUCUGGUCGGGACACACAAGAUUAAAAAAGACGAACUCCCCUUAACGUCAACAGUGGAGAAGGCUGUAGGGAGUGUGGUGCUUGAACGUAGCUCUUGACGCAUUCAACACGAGUUGGAAUCCGCCUUUUGCCGAAUUCGCUCUUCUCCCUUUUCCCAUCACAUAUCAGAUCAGAUUUAUUUAUUUUCAAUAAAAAAGUGGAAAUAAUGUGCCUAAUGACUGUUUAAUAGUAAUGUGUUUAUCAGUUAGGGAUAGGUGUAGGGAGGGCUUUAUUGUCCCAAUAAUUUUAAUAAAUUUAGUCAUUUACACUCUGUUAUUACUGAAAUGUACAACUAUGCUGCUAUUAAUAAAUGCUAUUUAGGUUACAACAAUACUGAGGUGCAAAUAAUAAUCUGUCUGCUACUAUUUAUAAUUAUAAGUAGCAUCUAAAAACUAUUUGCACUUAUUGCAAAGAACUGCCACUUUUAUAUAGUGUAAAUAGGAUAUAUCUCUAUUUAUUUUCACUUUAUAUGGUACUCUAUAUAGUAUAUUAGUAUAACUAUAUUCGCGACCUUGAAAAGUGGGUUCUUUUUUAUUCUGUGCUGCGACUCUGCAGCUCAUGCUGAAUGGAGCAGAUGCUUUCAGUUUGUAGCGUCCAGUGAACGUUCUCCAACUUAAAUAAAUAGUUUUUAUUUAUAUAAAAAAAACAGCAAAAUGUCAGUGUGGGUGGUGGCGUGGGGGACAAGGGUAAUUGGUGUAUUGACGAAAAGAGCUCAGUGUAACACAGACUAUUUGUAAGCAUAUGAUGCCUUUUUGCAACUAUCUGUCUCAUAUUAGCUCACCUUUUUUCACCCAUGUUGAUAAGGAAGCUGCCUUCUUCAGUUUUUCUUUCAUUUUCUGCCGUCUCUGUCUGACAUCGUGCCUUUACUGACUGUAUAUCAUACACAUAAUAUAAGAAGGUAAAUUUAACAAACUUGAGUAUCUAAUACUUACCAACACAUUCCCUCUCAAUCAAUCUGAAAGCUACUGGCGAUAAGAAUAUAAAAUGCUGCUAAUAUUAUGAAAAGUUUAGCAGAAGAGUUAGUGGUUUCAGCAAACCUGUCUGUCUGUUGAAGCGAGACGCACCACGAUUGUGUAACAAUGAGACAAUCUGUCUGCAGACUCGAGUCGGACAAAUAAAUAGAAACAUUCUCAGACUUUCUUGUGAUUCAUUUUUGCUACUGUUUUGUUCACACUCUCAUGUUAAUUUGAAUUCAAAUGCUUUUUCCAUAAUAUAAUUGUUUAUUAAUUAAUAUUGAGAGUGGCACUUUUAAAUAAUAUUGGAAAUGGGCAGGAG